CAAACUUUCCAGCACAUCUCUCCCUAACUCAGUGAGAAGCUUAAAGACGAACAACACUACAUGGGCUACUGGGUUGGUGUGUGUGAUAAACUGCAGUGUAUUCUUCUCCUUACUAAAAUAUAUUUUCAUACUAUUGGCACAAGAGCUGGUGGUCUCCAUGGCUAUGCUCCUGUCAGAAAACAACAGGUCUUUCCUUCCCACCACCAAGACUCCUCUCCACAAUGACACAGAAUGGAUCCUGGUCCACAGCAUCAUUCCUCCCUACAUCUUCACCCUGUGUGUAACGGGGCUGCUGGGUAAUGGCUUUGUCCUGCUGGUCUUCCUUCUCCAGAGGGAGCAGUGCUCCAUCCCAGAGAUCUACCUGGGAAACCUGGCCCUGGCUGACCUGCUCCUCCUGGCCUGCCUGCCCUUCUGGGCCAUGAACAUCCUUAAUGACUACAACUGGCCUUAUGGAGACUUCUUGUGCCACGUAGUCAAUCUGUCUAUCACUGUCAACUUCUAUACCAGCAUCUACCUGUUGGUGAUGGUGAGCGUGGACCGCUACUUAGCGCUGGUGAGAACCAUGAGGGCCAGGUGGCUGAGGAGGAAGCGCUACGCAAGAGCGAUAUGCCUCAUACUGUGGCUGUUUGGGCUGCUGAUAGGAGGUCUAGCUUCGCUUCACAGAAAGGUGACGUUCAUUGAGGAAUAUCGUACAAUGGCGUGUAUUCUGGAGUAUCCGGACCACUCUGGGGAGUCUUGGAAGCUGGCCCAUAACCUCCUGUUGAACAUAGUUGGCUUUGUUGUGCCUGUUGUGGGGAUUUUUUCCUGCAGUUGUAACAUUAUCAGAGCCCUGAGGAAGAGGAGGAAGAGUGUUUACAUAGAGGGUGGAAAUGACAGGAAGGCCACAGUCCUUGUUUACGCCGUGACGCUGCUGUUUUUUGUAUGUUGGAGUCCCUUCCAACUCUUCACCUUACUCGAUAUGCUGUGUGAUGCAGAGGUCUUGGAUGAAACAUGGCAUUAUACACUGGACAUUGGUACCCAGUUUUCAACCUACCUAGCAAUUCUGAACAGUAGCCUAAAUCCUCUGUUGUAUGUAUUUUCUGGUCAGUAUUUUAGGAGGAAAGUUAGCACCAUCUACAAGAGAACGAAGAACCGCAGGAGAUCUGAUACAAUGGCAUUUCAGCUUUCAAUUGUAUCAACCUACCUCCACAGGACUGAUCAAAUCAAACCUGUGGUAAUACAGACAUGAGUUCCUGCAUUUUCCUGCACAUUUGUAUGAUAUCAUGUCAUUAUUGCACACUAAAUUGCAUUAUCAAUGUUGAAUUACACAAUGUAGCCACAUAAAAUGUGUGCAAUCUUGAACUACAUUAUGUAGGUCUAUAAGGUUUAGAUUGUGUAGGAGAUGUGUUUACGGGCACGGAAAUUAUGUGAUAUAAAUACUAUGCUGCCAGUCUCUCUUGGCUAAGAGUUGAGGAGAGACUGACUGCAUCACUUAUUUUUAUAAGAAACACUGUGUUGAAAAUCACAAAUUGUUUGCAUAGUCAACUUACACACCGCUCUGACAAACACUUAUCCCACCAGACAUGCCACCAGGGGUCUUUUCACAGUCCCCAAAUCCAGAACAAAUUCAAGAAAGUGUACAGUAUUAUAUAGAGCCCUUAUUGCAUGGAACUUCCUUCCAUCUCAUAUUACUCAAAUAAACAGCAAAUCUGGUUUAAAAAAACAGAUAAAGCAACACCUCUCGGCACAACACCUCUACCCUAUUUGACCGAGAUAGUUUGUGUGUAUACAUUGAUAUGUAGGCCUCCGUGUGCCUUUAACAAAAAUAUAUGUAGUUGAGCUGUCCUUGAGCUGUUCUUGUCUGAUGAUGUUCUGUAUUAGGUCAUUCUGUAUUAUGUUUCAUGUUUUGUGUGGACCCCAGGAAGUGUAGCUGGUGCUUUUGCAACAGCUAAUGGGGAUCCUAAUAAAAUAACCAAAAAAUCUCAAUGUCACCUGUCACAAUGUCACUUUUAAUGCAAAAUUUUACAAAAUUGUAUGUUCUAGCAGUGAAGAUCACAGGAUGAUCGUUUAACGUUUCCUGUGUGUGUGUGUUACAUCUUUCUAGAUUGCCCCAAAACCCUUGUCUUGUCACAAUAAAUUAUGGCCUUUAAAAUGCCAAACACAUCUAUGUUAACGCCUAAACAUUGUAUGACAUUUCUCUCACCACCAUUCUUCUUUUCAAUAAAGUUAUUUAAUAC